AUGAUGGAAACGACUGCUCCGACCAGCGACCGCAAGGAGCACGGUGGACACAAUUCAAUUGAAUCUCAAGUUCAGAAUACCAUUUCAAGUGAUCAAUCUGAAAUUGGCGAUGCCACGUAUCAUUUGGAGGCGGUUCGUGAGCAGUUGACCACAUCUGAUAUGGAUAACUUUUGUAAGGGUAAGAGUAAAGAGGGUGUCUCUACCCUUGCAACACAUUUUGAAGAAGUUGCUUGUGAAGUUCACUUGUCCACUGAAACAAUGAAUGGACAGGACAGUCGUCCAGGCGAUGCAUUUGAUCGAAGCAUUGAGACUCGAGACAUUCCACUCGAACCAGUUCCAGCAGUAGACCAAGUCUCUUCGAAGCUUCAAGAUCGCCCUUUGAAGAGUAGUCGCGUCAGUGAAAGCUCUCUUACUGAAGUGUCUUCUCCUGUGGAGGUGAUAGUAAAUGAAUCUGAACGCUUCCCCGUUGAUACUGGUGAAGUCAUGAAACAGAGGUUUAUUGAGCUAUUUAAAGCGGAAUCCAAAAAACUGAAAGCAGCAAAGGCAGCCUAUUUAUCGAAAAAACAGAUGAUUCGUGAAUUAAAAAUGCUCCUGGAGCAGGGUUUGAGCCUCUCUGGAUCUGUAAGUUGA